AUGCCGGGGGCCGGGGCCCGGGCAGAGGAAAGCGGCGGCGGCGGCGAGGGCGCGGCCCCGGGGAGCACCGCGGAGCCUGGGGUGGGGCCCGGGCGGGAGCCGGCGCGGCUGUGUGGCUACCUGCAGAAGCUGUCGGGCAAGGGCCCGCUGCGUGGCUACCGCAGCCGCUGGUUCGUGUUCGACGCGCGCCGCUGCUACCUCUACUACUUCAAGAGCCCGCAGGACGCGCUGCCCCUCGGCCACCUGGACAUCGCCGACGCCUGCUUCAGCUACCAGGGCCCAGACGAGGCAGCAGAGCCGGGCGCCGAGCCUCCCGCUCACUUCCAGGUGCACAGCGCGGGAGCCGUCACGGUGCUCAAGGCUCCGAACCGUCAACUCAUGACGUACUGGUUGCAGGAGCUUCAGCAGAAGAGAUGGGAAUAUUGCAACAGUCUCGACAUGUUCAAAUGGGACAGCGGGACCUCCCCGACCCCCGGAGACUUUUCUAAGGGUCUUGUGGCCAGAGAUAACACAGAUUUCCUUUAUCCACACCCAAACGCUUCUGCAGAAAAAGCCAGAAAUGUCCUAGCUGUGGAAACUGCCCCUGGAGAGCUGGUGGGAGAACAAGCUGCAAGUCAGCCGGCUCCAGGGAAUCCAAAUUCCAUUAACUUCUCUUUGAAACAGUGGGGCACUGAACUCAAAAAUUCUAUGUCUUCUUUUCGCCCUGGUCGAGGGCAUGAUAGUCGGAAGAGUAGGUUUUAUACCAAUGAUGAAUGGGAACUUUUAGACCCGAGCCCUAAGGACCUGGAAGAGCCAGUGGUGGUACAGGAAGAAAGGAAAAGGCUGGCCCCGGAGGGAAGCAAAGGAGUAACUGGCUCAGGAUUCCCCUUUGAUUUUGGACGCAUUCCCUACAAAGGAAAGCGCCCUCUGAGAGACAUGAUUGGGUCCUACAAACAUCGGCACAGUAGCGGAGACCCUUCAGCGGAGGGGCCUGUAGCUGGUGGUGGCAGCGGCGGCAGCAAGCCUGCCUCCGAAAUGCAAUUGCAGGUUCAGAACCAGCAGGAAGAGCUGGAACGGUUAAAGAAAGACCUAUCCAGCCAGAAGGAGCUUGUGCGGCUGCUCCAGCAGACAGUCCGGUCUUCCCAGUAUGACAAGUACUUCGCAAGCAGGCAGCUCUAUGAGGGGGUUCCAAAGGACACACUGGAGCUUCUGCACCAAAAGGAUGAUCAGAUUUUGGGCCUCAGCAGCCAGUUUGAGAAGUUCAACCUGGAGAAAGAGAGUCUUCAGCAGGAAGUGAGGACGCUCAAGGGCAAAGUGGGUGAGCUCAACGAGCAGCUGGGGAUGCUGAUGGAGACGAUCCAGGCCAAGGAUGAAGUCAUCAUCAAGCUCUCGAGGCAACUCAGCGAGUGCGAGGGGCCCGUGCCUGCCCCCACAGUUAUGCCCGGCUCGCCCUCUGCUGCCCCAGCCAGCCGGGACCACCUGGAGCUGGACAGGCUGAAAGAUAAUCUGCAGGGAUACAAAACCCAAAAUAAAUUUCUAAAUAAGGAGAUUUUGGAACUCUCAGCUCUACGAAGAAAUGCAGAAAGGCGAGAGAGGGACUUGAUGGCAAAGUAUUCUAGCCUAGAAGCCAAGCUCUGCCAAAUAGAAAGUAAAUACUUGAUAUUGCUCCAAGAAAUGAAGACGCCAGUGUGCUCAGAAGAACAGGGGCCUGCUCGGGAUGUUAUUGCCCAGUUGUUGGAGGACGCUCUGCAGGUUGAGAGCCCGGAGCAGCCAGAGCACGCCUUCAUUAAACCUCAUCUUGUCAGUGAGUAUGAUAUCUAUGGCUUUCGGACUGUACCUGAGGAUGAUGAGGAAGAGAAACUGGUGGCCAAAGUCCGAGCGCUGGACCUGAAGACACUCUACCUCACAGAAAACCAGGACGUCUCCACCGGGGUCAAGUGGGAAAACUAUUUUGCGAGCACAAUGAACAGGGAGAUGGUGUGCUCCCCAGAACUCAAAAACCUGGUCCGCGCAGGGAUUCCACACGAGCACCGGUCCAAGGUGUGGAAGUGGUGUGUGGCCCUUCACACGAGGAAGUUCAAGGAUAGCACUGAACCUGGGUACUUCCAAGCAUUGCUGCAGAAGGCGCUGGAGAAACAGAACCCAGCCUCCAAGCAGAUCGAGCUGGACCUGCUGCGGACACUGCCCAACAACAAGUACUACUCCUGCCCCACCUCGGAAGGCAUACAGAAGUUACGCAAUGUCCUGCUUGCCUUCUCCUGGCGGAACCCCGAUAUCGGCUACUGUCAGGGUCUGAACAGAUUGGUGGCAGUUGCCCUCCUGUACCUGGAACAAGAAGACGCUUUCUGGUGUCUCGUUACCAUUGUGGAAGUUUUCAUGCCUCGAGACUAUUACACGAAGACUCUUUUAGGAUCCCAGGUGGACCAGCGGGUGUUCAGAGACCUCAUGAGUGAGAAGCUGCCUCGAUUGCAUGCCCACUUUGAACAGUAUAAAGUUGACUACACCCUCAUUACCUUCAACUGGUUUCUGGUGGUGUUUGUGGAUAGUGUCCUUAGUGACAUCCUCUUCAAAAUAUGGGACUCUUUCCUUUACGAGGGACCAAAGGUUAUAUUCCGCUUUGCUCUGGCACUUUUUAAAUACAAGGAAGAGGAGAUCCUGAAAUUGCAAGACUCGAUGUCCAUCUUUAAGUAUCUCCGUUACUUCACGCGCACGAUCCUAGAUGCUAGGAAGCUGAUCAGCAUCUCCUUUGGGGACCUGAACCCCUUCCCCUUGCGCCAGAUCCGGAACCGGCGCACCUACCACUUGGAGAAGGUACGCCUGGAGCUGACAGAGCUGGAAGCCAUCCGUGAGGACUUCCUGCGUGAACGGGAUGCCAGCCCUGACAAGGGGGAGCUGGUCAGCGACGACGAUGAGGAGGACACUUGA